GCUAACGUACUGAGUUAGAAAUGAAAACAAGUGAAAAAUGCAAUCUUGACACAUAUAGCAUGAUUUAGUGCAGAUAAAGGACAUGCUUUUUGUUCAAUGUUUAGUCCUUAAACAGUUUAUGCAUAAAAUACUUGCAAUGCAUAUGUCUGAUGAAAUGAAAUUGUGCACCAUAGAUCAUGUUGCUAGCACGCUAGCCAGCUACCUACCCUACCCCAGCAUGCAUCUCGUUACUCCCUUGGUCGGCAGAUGGAAACAUGGCGUCGAUAAGUAAAUACUUGACAGCCAAGAACUCCUCUAUAGCAGGUGCCACAAUCGUUGCCUUGUAUCUUAUCAAGAGGAGAAGACAUGCAGCCCAAUUAAGUUGGGGGAAAAGAUCAUCAGAGCUACAGUUGACCAAAGAUGAGGCCAAGCAGGAAAAGACGGUGGUGGACAAGGUGUUCUUUGCACGUGUCCUGAAGAUAGUGAAGAUCAUGGUUCCUGGAGUGUUCUGCAAAGAGUCAGGAUACUGUCUCCUCAUCGCUGCUAUGCUGGUGGCCAGAACCUACUGUGAUGUGUGGAUGAUCCAAAAUGGAACCAUGAUCGAGAGUGCAAUCAUUGGUCGAUCAACAAAAGAUUUCAAGAGGUUCUUGUUCAACUUUAUAAAAGUCAUGCCAUUUAUCUCGCUAGUCAACAACUUCCUGAAGCUGGGCCUGAAUGAACUGAAGCUCUGCUGCCGUGUUCGACUCACCAAGCACCUCUAUGAUGAGUACCUGCAAGGUUACACAUACUAUAAGAUUGGUAACCUGGACAACCGCAUCGGUAACCCUGACCAGCUGCUGACCCAGGAUGUGGAGAGGUUCUGUAACAGUGUGGUGGACCUCUACUCCAACGUCAGCAAGCCUUUAUUGGACAUUGGUCUGUACAUCUUCAAGUUGACCUCAGCCAUUGGUGCACAGGGCCCUGCCUGUAUGAUAGGAUACCUGAUGUUCUCUGGGCUCAUCCUGACACGUCUGCGGAGGCCCAUCGGGAAGAUGACGGUCAUGGAGCAGAGGUACGAGGGAGAGUACCGAUUCGUCAACUCUCGCCUUAUCACCAACAGUGAAGAGAUUGCCUUCUACAAUGGAAACCUGAGGGAGAAGCAGACCAUUCACUCUACCUUCCAGAAACUGGUGGACCAUUUACACAAUUUCAUUGUCUUCCGCUUUUCAACGGGUUUUGUGGACAGCAUCAUUGCUAAGUAUAUUGCCACUGUUGUCGGGUACCUGGUGGUGAGCAGGCCGUUCCUGAACCACACCCACCCACGCCACCUACACAGCACCCACGCUGAGCUGCUCGAGGACUAUUACCAGAGUGGGCGUAUGUUGCUGAGCAUGUCUCAGGCCCUGGGCAGGAUCGUCCUGGCUGGCAGGGAGAUGAGCAGGCUCUCGGGGUUCACCGCUCGUAUCACCGAGAUCAUGAAGGUCCUGAAAGAGCUGAACUCUGGGAAAUACGAGAGGACCAUGGUCUCUCAGCAGGGAGGCAGAGAUAGUGAAUCGCUAGAUAGAAUCACCCUGGUCCCAGGAAGUGGUGAAAUCAUCAACAAAGACCAGAUCAUCAAGUUUGAGCAUACACCUCUUGCAACGCCUAAUGGGGACAUUCUUAUCAAAGACCUCAGCUUUGAGGUGACGUCAGGGACAAAUGUCUUGGUAUGUGGCCCCAACGGCUGUGGGAAGAGCUCACUCUUCAGAGUCCUGGGAGAGCUCUGGCCUCUGUUUGGUGGCCGUCUCACCAAACCUGAGAGAGGGAAGCUCUUCUACGUUCCCCAGAGGCCAUACAUGACCCUAGGCUCUCUGAGAGAUCAGGUGAUCUACCCAGAUACAGUGGAGGACCAGAGGAGGAAGGGGACCUCUGAUAAGGUGCUGAAGGAUUACCUGGACAACGUCCAGCUAGGUCACAUCCUGGAGCGGGAGGGAGGCUGGAACACAGUCCAGGACUGGAUGGACGUCCUCAGUGGAGGAGAGAAACAGAGGAUGGCUAUGGCCCGUCUGUUCUACCAUAAGCCCCAGUUUGCCAUCCUGGAUGAGUGCACCAGUGCUGUGAGUGUCGAUGUGGAGGACUUCAUCUACAGCCACUGUAGGACGGUGGGCAUCACGCUGUUCACGGUUUCUCACAGGAAGUCUUUGUGGAAGCACCAUGAGUACUACCUGCACAUGGAUGGAAGGGGGAGCUAUGAGUUCAAACCCAUCACCCAGGAAACGGUGGAGUUUGGGUCAUAACGAUCUUACCAUAGCCAAGUAUUGCACACAGAGAUGGUCCUAAGUAAUUCUGCACUUCAUGGAGCACAGAGGUCAAGUCCUAACAUCUUAAAAUGUUACGCUGGAGUAUGAAGACUGAGCGCUCUCUCAAUGUCAAGAGAGAAAUACCUAAACCUGUCAAUUUAAAGGUAGGGUCUACAAUAUGGCAUCAUCAUACACAGCACGGUACACUUCCUGCUUACAGAAAUAAUAAACAACUAAAUUUAAGUCUGCUGAGACCGACCAGUAUUGGUUCUUCCUUAGGGCAGAUUUUGAAUUCUGUUGUUUAUGCCUGGAAACAGGAAGUUGCCCCGCUGUGUAUGAGGAUGUCAUAUUGCAGUCAACCAUUUACGGACGUGUGUGUCUGUACGGGUGAGUUUAAUGUACUAAAAAGCUAGCCUUACUGAUUUAGUUUGUACGGGUGAGUUUAAUGUACUAAAAAGCUAGCCUUACUGAUUUAGUCUGUACGGGUGAGUUUAAUGUACUAAAAAGCUAGCCUUACUGAUUUAGUCUGUACGGGUGAGUUUAAUGUACUAAAAAGCUAGCCUUACUGAUUUAGUUUGUACGGGUGAGUUUAAUGUACUAAAAAGCUAGCCUUACUGAUUUAGUUUGUACGGGUGAGUUUAAUGUACUAAAAAGCUAGCCUUACUGAUUUAGUCUGUACGGGUGAGUUUAAUGUACUAAAAAGCUAGCCUUACUGAUUUAGUCUGUACGGGUGAGUUUAAUGUACUAAAAAGCUAGCCUUACUGAUUUAGUCUGUACGGGUGAGUUUAAUGUACUAAAAAGCUAGCCUUACUGAUUUAGUUUGUACGGGUGAGUUUAAUGUACUAAAAAGCUAGCCUUACUGAUUUAGUUUGUACGGGUGAGUUUAAUGUACUAAAAAGCUAGCCUUACUGAUUUAGUCUGUACGGGUGAGUUUAAUGUACUAAAAAGCUAGCCUUACUGAUUUAGUUUGUACGGGUGAGUUUAAUGUACUAAAAAGCUAGCCUUACUGAUUUAGUUUGUACGGGUGAGUUUAAUGUACUAAAAAGCUAGCCUUACUGAUUUAGUCUGUACGGGUGAGUUUAAUGUACUAAAAAGCUAGCCUUACUGAUUUAGUCUGUACGGGUGAGUUUAAUGUACUAAAAAGCUAGCCUUACUGAUUUAGUUUGUACGGGUGAGUUUAAUGUACUAAAAAGCUAGCCUUACUGAUUUAGUUUGUACGGGUGAGUUUAAUGUACUAAAAAGCUAGCCUUACUGAUUUAGUCUGUACGGGUGAGUUUAAUGUACUAAAAAGCUAGCCUUACUGAUUUAGUCUGUACGGGUGAGUUUAAUGUACUAAAAAGCUAGCCUUACUGAUUUAGUCUGUACGGGUGAGUUUAAUGUACUAAAAAGCUAGCCUUACUGAUUUAGUCUGUACGGGUGAGUUUAAUGUACUAAAAAGCUAGCCUUACUGAUUUAGUCUGUACGGGUGAGUUUAAUGUACUAAAAAGCUAGCCUUACUGAUUUAGUUUGUACGGGUGAGUUUAAUGUACUAAAAAGCUAGCCUUACUGAUUUAGUUUGUACGGGUGAGUUUAAUGUACUAAAAAGCUAGCCUUACUGAUUUAGUUUGUACGGGUGAGUUUAAUGUACUAAAAAGCUAGCCUUACUGAUUUAGUCUGUACGGGUGAGUUUAAUGUACUAAAAAGCUAGCCUUACUGAUUUAGUUUCUCCCCUGUUUUAUUUACGUUAAUGUUGCAUUGUUUUUAUUUAUAAUGUUCAGUUUUGAUGUUUAAUGAAUUGAAAUGUCAAGAGUUCCAUCAAGUGAUGUUUUAAAUGUUUGUCUAGUGCAGUUAGUUUAAACACUGAAGUGCAUUCUUCUUUCAUGAAGCCAGUUACUGUAAUUGUAUUUUAAGCAUAGCUAGUCUGACUCAGUCAACUACAAUACCUGGAAAUGUAUUGUUUUUUUUUUGUCUCCUAUAGUAAAAUCCCUCAGCUUAGGUUAAGGUACAGUAACUGAACUGCAAGUUGAGCUUUGA